AUGACAAGACCGAUUAAAGAAAAUACUGACGUGGUAUUGGGAAACAAUUGCGUGGCUUUCAUGUUCGAUGAAAUUCGCUAUGAAUUGGACGGUGUCGAGAUAGAUCGAAAUAGAAACGUGGGCACAACCAGCACGCUAAAAAACUAUGUAACGCUGACAUACGAUAAAAACGUGGUUCUGCGAAAUGCUGGCUGGGAAGAACGAAUGACUACCAAUGAUGGCUUCUUCAACUUUUGCGUUCCGCUCAACAUGCUUUUGGGAUUCUGCGAGGAUUAUAAACGCACAGUGAUCAACGCGCGUCACGAGUUGAUCUUGAUACGAACGCGCAACGAUAACAAUUGUCUGACGGGCAAUUCGGCGUUGGAACCCUUGCUCCAGUUGUUUAAGAUUCAAUGGCGUAUGCCACAUGUGUCAUUGAGCGAGAUAAAUAAUCUUUCGAUGCUCCGCACAUUGGAGAGCAGACGUUACCUGAGCAUGGCUUUUCGCUCGUAG